GAUGUGACCUGAAGAUUAUAUAAUUAGAAGGCAUUUGUUAUGCUAGCGUUUCAAAUCAGUGAUUAGCAUGUGACAGUCCCAUCCUGGGAGCCACCAUUGCUCUGCUCUCUCUCCUGUCUUGCACAGUGCUAAUUCCCAACUCUAGCAACCGCCGGUGCUGAAGGAUCUUCAGCUAGCCUGGGGGUUCAGAUCAGCUGACCCACCGCAGGGCUCAUAUGUGGGCAGCUCUAAGCCAUGGGAUGUUCCCAGUGACCAGCCAGAGCCCUCCAGAGUGAGGACAGGAGUCCCUGCGAGGACGCACACCCUAUAGCAGCCAUGGACACAAACAAACACGAAGGAGGGACUGAAAGUGUGCCUGUGACUACCCCUGCAACACAGAUUUCCCAGUUGCAGGCAUUGGCCUCUGAGUUGAAGGCAGGUUUCACAGAAGCAAUGCAGGAGCUGUCACGAAUCCAGCAUGGCGAAUAUGCCCUGGAAGAGAAAGUCAAGAGCUGCCGCUGUGCCAUGGAAGAGAAAGUGGCUGAGAUGAAGAAUUCCCUCAACACGUUCAAGGAGGAGCUCAGCGAUGCCAAGUCAAUGAUUGAAGAAAUCAGUGCCAAGCAGGAGGAAAUGCAACAGAAAAUUGAGCAGCUGCAGCAAGAAAAGCGGCGGGAAUCACGGAAAAUGAAAGCUAAAAGAGCACAGAAAGAUGAUCAUGGGUCGCAGACAGUACCAACACCUCUCCAGGGCAGCCCAUUUCGAUCCAUUAACCUCCCAGAACCUGUGCUGAUUAAUGAAGAUUUUACAAGUCUUUUACACAAUGUGACUUAUGAAAAAGUGUCUGACACCAGGAUCAUGCCAAUGGGAGAAGGAGGUGUGAAAGUCAUAGCAGGUCCAGGAGCAGCUAUGGAGACAGAUGACAGCCUCAAGCCUUCCUUGGCAACAGAAGGGCAGUCAAAAAUGCAUCUGCCAUCAACAGUAUGGAAGCAGCCCAAGGACACCAAGGACUGGGGAGAUGAAUACAUUUCCAAAGAGCAACCGGAGAGAGGGAAAGACAUGGGCCAAAGCAGAUACAGCUCAGCAGACAUCAUAUGUGAACCUUCUUUGGCUGCCAAAAGGCAGAACAUCGCUUUGGAGCUGCUGGAAUCAGAAAGGAAGUAUGUCAUCAACCUUUCCCUAAUCCUGAAGAUCAAGGCCACGUUGCAAGGGCCAGAUGUGAAAAGAAGCACCAAAGAGAGAAGUUUUUUCCCCAACUCUCUGCGGUUCCUGGUCCAGCAGCAUGUGGAUUUACUUCACGCUCUGCAGGAGCGAGUCCUGAGCUGGCCACGACAAGGGAUCCUAGGAGACAUCUUCCUGAAGUUAACAAAUGAUGAGAAUAAUUUUCUGGACUACUAUGUUGCUUACCUGAGGGACCUGCCAGAAUGCAUCUCUCUGAUCCACGUGGUGAUCCUGAAGGAGGUAGAAGAAGAAAUCAAGUCUGAUCUCUACAUUCUGUUCUUCCAUAUAGUCCAGCGAAUCCCUGAAUACCUUAUUCAUCUACAGAAUGUCCUGAAGUUCACGGAGCAAGAGCAUCCUGACUAUUACCUGCUGCUGGUGUGUGUGCAGCGCCUCCGGGUUUUCAUCUCACACUAUAGUCUCCUCUUCCAAUGCAAUGAAGACCUGCUGAUACAGAAGAGGAAAAAGCUGAAGAACCCGACGAUGGAUUUCUCCUCCCUCAGGUCAUCCCUGGUGAAGCUGUACAAGGGUCUCACCUCCCAGUGUACAAGCCAGGAGGUUUCUCCAACACCCAGUGCAGCAUCAAUGCGGGACAGUGGGAUCCACACUGAAGAGACAAUACAAUCAUUCCCGGCAGCACCUUCCUCUGGCACAACAACCCCGCAUUUGAUGCCUCAGAUGAAGAAACCCCAGCCAACUGUGAUUGAGAACAUCCAGGCUGUAAAGCCCCCUGACUGGGAGAUGGAAAGUAGAAAACAUGAGAGGCCAGAGAACAUCCUUGCAUCCUCUCAGCUGACAGAGCAGGAACUGAAGGCUUUGACAGCCCCCUUACAAUCCAUCCCUGAAAUGGAGUAUGAAGCACCACCAGCUGAUGCGGUGGGAAACACUGAGAGAGCCAUCAGGACCUCCGUGGAGCUGCUGCAGGAUGCGAGGAACUUUGCACCAAGCUACGAAGAAUUUGACUACCCUGGGGAGGUUUUCACCAUGCCAGGCCCCUAUGAAGAAGACACCUUUCAAAACCUCGCUCUCUUUGAUAAUUGCUCUCCAGCCUCUUCCGAGUCCAGCCUAGAUAUUUGCUUCCUUAGGCCUGUUAACUUCACCUCAGAACCAGAGAGGACAGACCAUGCCUUACAGCCAUUGCCUAAGAGCUGCACUCCCGUGAGCAGCAGUACUUACAAGCGUGAGAUGUUCCACAGCAAAGGCAAGCAGCUGAGCAGGUCUCUGAAGGAGCUGCCGAGGAGCGCUGAGGGUGUGAGCACCAGACUCUACAGCACACGGAGCAGCAGUGGAAGUCGUCUGCAGCAGAAGCAGGAGAGGAAUGUUCAGCCUCACUUGAUCUCAGCUUCAUCUCGAAGCUCCCAAAGGAGCUACUUCCCCCCACAGAGAGGAGCGGGUGAAAAGCCGAGCUUUUUGGAAGAGCUCCAUGCAGAAGACAACACCAGGUUCUGCCAGAAGGAUGACAAUGAGCAAACAUCCUUCAGCGACCACAACCCGCGGCACGAGCCCAAAGGGGGUUUCCGGAGCUCCUUCCGCAAGCUCUUCAAAAAGAAAUAAGCAGCCCCAAGAAAGGCAGGCCACAGCCUAAGCACAACAGUGCUUCCCCAGGUCCCCGAGGGUGGAGACAGACAGCAAGGCCCCAAGGUUCCCCUGACUAACACGGAGGGUGGAGGGGUGGGGGAGAGGAGACUGUCACAACUGCCUUACAAACGCAUCCUGCUCUUUCUAGCACAGGGCAGGGCCAGGCUUUGGGUUGCAGUGGAGCUCAAACAGCAUGUCCAAAAAGCACAGGAACUUGCUAGCUUUCAUCCCUGCCUGACUUAACUUCCCUCAGUUUUGGAAAGCUUUGGCUGAAUCCCACUAUCUUCUCCUCCCCCUCAUCCCCCAAAACCGCUUGAUUUGCCAUACAUCUUUGCUCUUCCAAACUCAUGCCAGGUCUUAUUUGGGCUCACCCACAACAGAAGGGUUACCUUUGCAGCCCUGGCAUCCUGGCCAGAAGUCUAAAAUUCCCUUCUUUCCUCUACUUUCCCAAAAAACGUGCCAUCGAAGAUGUCUUCCAGGAGGCCAGCUCACAUUACCUGGGUGGUUUGAGAAGGUCUAAGGAGCAUCAGCUGAAGCACCUGAGUAUUGUACUGCUUAAUCAGCAACAUCCUUUCUUUUGGACUUCAAUCAUUCCCCAAAAUCCUCCUUCACCUUUUAUGUGGCACCCUGUUUAUUGAAUUGCCUCCUGCUGUAUGAAUCUCUGCUCCUGCUGUCAGAAUUGCCCAUGUCUCCAGGCAGGUGAUGCAAGCUGAGCCCAGGGAUUGCCACAAGAGACAAAGACCUUAUCCCCACUGUGGAUCAAUGCAGACACUGACAGAGUCAACCAGUGUCCUGGCUCCUGGUCUGUAACACAUCUGAAAUACACUUUGCUAAUAAUUCUUUGGCCUGACACCACCUUACAAGCCCAAUCACGUGCAGCUUUGGAAUGGUUCUUCCAGGUAAAAAUUAAGGCUCUAGGGCAGAAAAGUCAAUGGUGCACCAUGUUCAAAGUCAUAGUAUCUCCUUCUUCUGCAAGGACAGAACAACAAGGCCACACACGUGCCACCCUCCUCGCAUUUGGACAUGAGAAACCCUCCGCAACUUUGAUCUCUGCAGAAGACUGUAGCUUUUGUAUGGAAACACAGCCCUCUGAAGCAACACCCAUGUCACACCCCAGCAGCAAGGGCACCACUGGUGCAGUGGUGUUACCAGUGGAGUAGUACUGGUGAACUGUGGUGCUACCUGAAGCUGGGGCAUUCUGAGGGCACUUUCAAGAGGAAAUGUGGUUUUAUCACCUUGUUUUGAAAAGCUUGGGACACUGGUUUGUCUUAAAGGACAGCUUCACCUUAAGAGGUUGUGAACUGUCUCUGUGGGGCCAACAGCAAUGUCUUGGGGGAAAUGUGCAAGGCUGUGAGAUUAGGGGCUUGGGACUGUCAGCAUCAGCACAAGGGUGACUGAAUUUGGUGCCAAGAGAAGAGCACUCAUCAUGCUGCAUGGCUCUCCUGGCAGUGGCAACAGCACAGGAAAGCCUCAGAGCAGGUUUGGAUGCAGUGGCUAAUACCCACCACAGAUGCAGGGCCUAGAGCUCUCCCACAGUGUUGACUGACCUGCAUUUACCACCUGCUUUUCCUCUUCUGGUGGAAGCAAAGAGGUGUGUGUGAAAAGGGCACCUAAGACAGACGAAAUCCAUCCUUUAUUGCAAUUAGAGUUUUCCCAACAUUUCAAGAAUGUGACCAAGGAAAACCCCAGAGAUUAAAAUGUUUUAGCUGGUGCCUGUCCCAUAAAUUUCAAUGAAACUAAAAGUCAAUUCUCCUCCUUACAAAGAGGAAAGAAGUAUGAUACUUUCCUCCCCUAGCUGUAGGAAACUACUCUGGGAAGAUUUUUUUUUUUAAUUUAAGGCUUUUAAUGGCAAAAAACCCCACCCUUCCAUUCUUUCCCUCUCCCUCACAUCCUCAUUAAAUUACAAAUUCUCUAGCCCUUUCCAGUCAGGAUUGCUCCAUGCUGACCAGCCACAGAAUCACAAAGACAAUUCCUAGGACUUGGCAGCUUUCAGUCAGACUGUGUAGGGCAGGAUAGAAAUACAUUAAGAGCCAGAUACUUGUAACUGAAGCAUCAGCAAAGCCUGUUUGUUCUGCAAAA